AUGUCAACCACAAGAUUGACCUUGUCUGCAUGCGGCCUUCGCAGGUCGCAGGCAUUUUGCCUUCCGCGACCUUUGUCUCAGCGCGCAUCUCUCUCGACUUCAGGGCGUGCAAGCAAUUAUGUUGCUUCAACCACGUCUCUUAAUUCAUAUCCUUUGCGCCUAACUCUUCCUACCCGACCAAACGGCCUCAUCCGGAAUGUAUCGACUGGGCCCGGAGCCGCGGCCGAGACCUACGUCGCGUAUGGAAUGACCCAGAAGCUUUUUGAAGCCUGCUCGAGCCAGGCAGACUACCAAGUCCCUCAGGCAACUCAAAAGGGGGUUGAGGUUCCUAUGACAGAGUCGGGGGAGCAUCUUGGCGUCAGUGAUAGCUGGUGGUAUCGAGAGCUUGGCCUUGUACCAACAUUUUCCACUUGGUCACAAAUCACCUUCCUGCACAUGUAUCUUUUAACUGUUCGACUUCGUGCCCUUCCCACUCGUGAAAGUGUCCAGACCUACUCCCGCCACCUCAUUGACCACUUCUCACACAACGCCGAACACCGCAUGGAUGUCCUACACGACAUUGGAAGCCGUUCUAUCCGUAACAAGUAUCUGAAGGAUCUUUUUAUCCAAUGGCGUGGAAUUAUUGCCGCAUAUGACGAGGGGCUGGCCAAGGGCGACGCGGUGCUGGGUGCUGCUGUCUGGAGGAACCUGUGGAAGGCCAACUCGGUGGGUGCUGAUGGAGAUGAUAUUGACUGGACUAAGGUUGCUUGGGUGGUGACUUAUAUGCGACGAGUCCUGUCGGAGCUCUCAAAGAUGCAAGAGGCGGAUAUAGUUUUUGCACUCAGCAAAGGAAGUACCCAAGAAUCGGGUAUUUUUGGGUAUUCGCCUGCGGAUAAGAGAAUGGCUGGGGGCAAGUAA